AUGGUGGAUAAUGGCAUUAGAUGGUGUGUCACCAAAAUAAUCGCCGUGAUCAAGGCAUACUAUCGCUCCACCACUGCGCAGGUUCUUGUUCACAACAACCUCUCAGAACCUUUCGCUAUUCGGUCUGGCGUUCGACAAGGCUGUAUCCUUUCGCCCAUCCUCUUUAACUGCACCAUUGACUGGGGUUUUGAGAAGGCUUUAAAGGAGAAAUUACGGUAUUGA